GAAACAAGAAAAAGGUGAGAAGUAAGUUUGCGUAAGAGAACGCGGUGGAAGUUGACGGUCUCAUUUUCCGUUGGUAAUCUUCCUUUAAUGGCUUCUCAGCAGAUGUUCAAGUCCGGGCAAGCCCGCGGCGAGGGCCAGGCGAAGGCUGAUCAGAUGAUGGAUUCGGCGUGCGGUGCUGCGGAUGCUGCAAAGGCAAAGGCAUCACAGGCUGCGCAAUCCACCCAGCAAACCAAGGAACAUGCCGGCGGCAUGCUCCAGCAGACUGGGGAGCAUGUGAUGAACAUGGCGCAUAAUGCAAUGGACAGCGUGAAGAACACCCUCGGCAUGGGAGACUCCAACAAGAAGUUUUGAGGAAAGCAAUGGAAGCGUUCAAGCCCUCUCUUUUCUCCUCCCUCGUUGUUCUUAGGAUCUAAUCAUUCGAGAGUAGAGUACUUAGAGGUGACUCUUGACUUUACCGGUCACCUCUCUCUACUGCUGUUUUUUUUUCUUUAUUACAUCCGUUUGUAGGUGGGUUUUUGUCCAAGGGGGUUGGAGUGUGCUUGGCGAGUAGUGAGUUCUUGUCAUGUUGCAUUCUGUUGUUUUCUUGUGUCCCACUUCGGAGAUUAUUUAGUGAGAUGUAAUAAAGCAACUGCAUGAUGAGAUGCCAAAGUUUGCUAAUCAAAUGUCUUUUGCAUCUUUUAAGAUC